AUGUCUGACCUUGCCGAAUCCAUCACAGCGCCAAAUGGCGUGACGUACAUCCAGCCUGUUGGUCUUUUCAUCAAUAACAAUUGGGUUUGUUCCUCAAACAGUCAAAUGAUAAAAUCGAUCAAUCCAGCAACCGAACUUGAAAUUGCCUCUGUAUAUGCUGCCACUGCCAGCGAUGUGAACAAAGCUGUGGGAGCCGCACGAGCUGCGCUUGGAAAUGAUGCUUGGCACGGCUUAGACGGGACCUCUCGCGGUAAACUACUCUCGCGAUUGGCGGAUUUGGUUGAGCGCGAGCAGAAGACAUUGGCGACAAUUGAAACAAUGGACAACGGGAAACCCUACAAAAACGCGCUCGGUGACAUCGCAGAAGUCUUCAAUGUAUUUCGCUACUAUGCGGGCUGGGCAGACAAGCAAUAUGGUCAGACGAUUGAAACCUCUCAUUCAACUGCCGCGCAAACCAUUCGGGAGCCCAUUGGAGUCUGUGCUCAAAUCAUCCCAUGGAACUAUCCGCUCGGCAUGGCAAGCUGGAAACUAGGCCCGGCCUUAGCUUGCGGCAACACCGUUGUCAUAAAAGCAGCGGAACAAACGCCACUAUCUAUAUUGUAUCUUGCGAACUUGAUAGUUGAGGCUGGAUUCCCACCAGGUGUUGUCAACAUCCUGAACGGCUACGGAAAAGAAGCUGGCUCAGCUCUGGUCCGCCACCCCGAGGUGGACAAGGUCGCUUUUACAGGUAGCACCGAAACGGGCAAGGAGAUCAUGAAAAUGGCCAGCGAGAAUCUGACAAACAUAACGUUGGAGACUGGCGGGAAGAGUCCUCUGAUUGUUUUUGACGAUGCGUACCUCGACAACGCCAUUCAAUGCGCGCACUAUGGUGUCAUGGGAAACAUGGGCCAAAUUUGCACUUCAACGUCUCGGAUCUUCGUGCAUGAAGACAUUUACGAUACAUUCUGUCGGCGAUUUGUCGACUUCACGGCCAAGAUCAGCAUUGUUGGCGAUCCAUUUGAGGUCACCACAUACCAUGGACCUCAAGUCUCAAAGGAGCAAAGCGAGAAGAUCCUGUCCUUUGCCAAGUCAGCCAAGGAUGAGGGUGCCGUGAUCUUGACUGGCGGCUCGACUGCUACCGACCGCCCGAAUGGCAAAGGUUUUUAUGUUGCCCCUACCAUUGUGGCUAAUGUUCAUUCAAACAUGACGGUGUAUAAAGAGGAGAUCUUCGGACCACUUGGAGUAGUGAUGAAGUUCCGCACGGAAGAUGAAGUCAUCGCUCUUGCUAACGAAACCAAAUUCGGGCUCGCGGCUGCUGUCUGCACGAGAGAUAUUGCCCGAGCCCAUCGCAUGACCCGCGAGCUGAGAUCUGGCAUGGUGUGGAUCAAUUGUAACCAAGGAAGUGAUUACCGAGUGCCUUUUGGAGGAGUCAAGCAGAGCGGAAUUGGCAGAGAACUCGGCCCAGCGGCACUGGAGGCCUAUUCCCAGCUGAAAUCGGUUUUUACCAACCUUUGUCCGGCCGUAUAA